GACCCCAUCUUCUCGCACAUCAACUUCUCCGUGCGGGAGGGCGACAUUCUCAUCGUCCAGGGGAAGAGCGGCUCUGGGAAGUCUACUAUUUUGAAGUGUCUCUCGCACCUCAAUAUAUACCGGGCGAGAUCCUGCAUCCCAUACUAUCGCACGCGAGUGCUCUACGUCCCUCAGCGGGCCUCUCUGCUGCCCGGCACUCCUCGAGAAUUUAUGGGCGCCGUCACGUCCUUUGGCUCUUACACCAAGACCGACGGGGGCAAGCCAACGAAAAGCAAGGCGCCUAGCAUCGCACACGAGACCGUCGAGCUAGCAGAGUCCUGGGGGAUCGACGAGGAGCUCUGGGACAGGACCUGGAGCAAUCUCAGCGGAGGUGAGAUGCAGCGCAUCGCGCUCGCCAUAGCAGUGGGGAUGAGGAGUGCCGAAAUUCUCCUCUUGGACGAACCGACGUCUGCGCUGGACCCCGAUACUGCGUCCGGCGUGGAGGACUUCCUGAAGUCCGAGAUUAAGUCGUCUUCAUCGAACUUGAAGGCGCUAGUGUGGGUCACGCAUUCAGAAGAGCAAGGGAGACGCGUCGGAACGCGAUUCGUCCAUCUGACCUCCGGAGGUAUACAGGAGGACGGGGACUCAGCAGUAUAGUAAUAUAGGAUACCUACGUCUGUACGGUGUUGGUACUGUCACCGUGAUGUCGGACCUGCAGCGUCGAAGAUUAUGGUUGUACGUAGCGUCAAUUUCUGUGGCGGACCCUUAGCUCAAUCGGUAGAGCUUUGUACUUAUGAGGUUACUUAAGUUAUGCAAGGG